GGUAAUACCAGUGGGAAUACCAGUGGUAAUACCAGUGGGAAUACCAGUGGGAAUACCAGUGGGAAUACCAGUGGUAAUACCAGUGGUAAUACCAGUGGGAAUACCAGUGGGAAUACCAGUGGUAAUACCAGUGGGAAUACCAGUGGUAAUACCAGUGGUAAUACCAGUGGUAAUACCAGUGGUAAUACCAGUGGGAAAUUUCUAAAACAAUUUAGUUUGUCAACCUCGCCUAGUGAACGUUAUAAAGUACCUACAUGCAGUGGUUUGCAAACCAAGGGGAACAGCACUGCUUCUAUUGUUUGGAUAAUUCUUUCUAGAUUGGUGCACCCCCAAACCCCUAUGUGCCACAAAGACCAAGUUUAAGCACAAACUUUAAUGUUAUGAAAUCUGCCAUUGCCCAGCUUGAAGUGUGAACACGUUAAAUGACUAAAAUCAGUCAGAUUUAAUUUAAUUAGCUUCUAAAUUAACCUUGUUUUGUCUUGUUGGUCUGGACCUUUUAACAUUAUGUGCCUAUAUGUACGAUAUACCAAAGGAAUCAACGUACGCUAGACCAUAUAAAAUCUCUAGACCAUAUCAAAUCUCGCUCUAUUUUUGACAUG